AGAAUCAUCUCCCACAUGAAGACAUCCAGGAGCCUCCACAUCAUGUGUAGAAUCCCAGUCUUCUGCUGGAUCACUGCUACAGUUCUGGAGCACAUGUUGACUACAGAGCAGAGAGGAGAGCUGCCCAAGACCCUGACUGACAUGUACUCACACUUUCUGCUGGUUCAGACAAAGAGGAAGAAGAACAAGUACCAUGAGGGACAUGAGACGAGUCCACAGGAGCUGACGGAGGCUGACAGGGAAGUUCUUCUGAAGCUGGGGAGGCUGGCGUUUGAACAUCUGGAGAAAGGAAACAUCAUGUUCUACCAAGAAGACCUGGAGCAGUGUGGUCUGGAUGUGACAGAGGCCUCGGUGUACUCAGGAGUUUGUACAGAGAUCUUCAAAAGAGAGUGUGUGAUCUUCCAGAAACCAGUCUACUGCUUUGUUCAUCUGAGCAUUCAGGAGUUUCUGGCUGCAGUCUUCAUGUUCCACUGUUUCACCAGCUGGAAGACAGAGGUGCUGAAGAACUUCCUGGGGAUAGACUGGUAUGAUGGCAGUGAUGAUGAUGGCAGUGAUGAUGAUGGCAGUGAUGAUGAUGGCAGUGAUGAUGGUGAUGAUUAUGCAGGUAACUCUUUUCUGGAUGAUUUCCUGAACAGAGUCAUGGAGAAAUCCCUCCUGAGUAAAAAUGGGCACCUGGACCUGUUUGUUCGCUUCCUUCAUGGCCUCUGUCUGGAGUCCAACCAGAGACUCUUAGUAGGUCUGCUGGGUCAGACAGAGAUCAGUCCAGGAACCAUCCAGAGAGUCAUCAACAACCUGAAGGAGAUGAACAGUGAUGAAAUCUCUCCUGACAGAAGCAUCAACAUCUUCCACUGUCUGAUGGAGAUGAACGACCUCUCAGUACAUCAGGAGAUCCAAAAGUUCCUGAAGUCAGAGAACAGAUCAGAGAAGGAACUCUCUGAGAUCCAGUGCUCAGCUCUGGCCUUCAUGCUGCAGAUGUCAGAGGAGGUUCUGGAUGAGUUGGACCUGCAGAAGUACAAAACAUCAGAGCGGGGACGACAGAGACUGAUUCCAGCUGUGAGGAACUGCAGAAAGGCUGGACUGAAUGAGUGUGGACUCUCAGAGACUCACUGUGAAGUUGUGGCCUCAGCUCUGAAGUCCAACCCCUCCCAUCUGACAGAGCUGGACAUGAGUUACAAUUACAUGCAGGGUUCAGGCGUGAAGCUUCUGUGUGCUGGACUGGAGAGUCCAAACUGUCGACUGGAGACUCUGAGAUUGAGGGGCUGUGAUUUGUCAGAGACCAGCUGUGAUUAUCUGGCAGCAGCGCUGAAGUCCAACCCCUCCCAUCUGAGAGUGCUGGACCUGAGUAACAACAAGCUGCAGGAUUCAGGAGUGAAGCAGCUGUGUGUUCUUCUGGAGAGUCCAGGAUGUCGAUUUGAAACUCUGGGAUUGUGGGGCUGUGGUUUGUCAGAGAUCAGCUGUGAUUAUCUGGCAGCAGCGCUGAAGUCCAACCCCUCCCAUCUGAGAGAGCUGGAGCUGGGCUACAACUACCUGCAGGAUCCAGAUGUGAAGCAGCUGUCUGGUUUUCUGGAGAGUCCAGGAUGUGGACUUGAAACUCUGAGACUGAGUCACUGUGACCUGUCAGAGAGAAGCUGUGAAGCUCUGUCCUCAGCUCUCAGCUCUCAGACCUCUAAUCUGAGACAGCUGGACCUGAGUAACAGUAACCUGAAGGAUUCAGGCGUGAAGCUUCUGUCUGAAGGACUGAAGAGUCCACACUGUACACUGGAAACUCUCAGUCUGUCAGGCUGUCUGAUCACAGAGGAAGGCUGUACUUCUCUGGCCUCAGCUCUGAGCUCCAACCCCUCCCAUCUGAUAGAGCUGGACCUGAGCUACAAU